CGUAGUCAGUCAUAGUCAGUGAGUGAGCAGAGUUUGUCGCGUUUGGAUGGUAAACGACGGUUUUCCGGGCCUUUAGCAUUUUUCGGUCAAAAGCGAAGUGGGAAGUGUGCUGCGCAAGGGGCCAGCUCUUCUGGUGUACACGCUGAUUCUGUGGCUCCUUUGGCGAGCAAAAAAUUCUGCUAGUCGCAUCAGUUAGUCAGAAUUAGGACAGUUUGCGAACAGUUCAUUGGUCGAUUGGUUGCCUAGUGGACCCGGUUUUGGUCGAAAGAGUGGCAGUUUUUUGUUUUUCACAGGAGUAGUUUCUUUUUCUUCAUUAUUAACCUGCUGCUGAGAAGAAGGGGAAUUUUUUCGGUGUACGCAAUAAGAUACAAAAUCACUCGCAAAAGUACUGGUUGGUCCUGGUAGGGUGAAACGGCUGUUCGGUGGAUGAGUGCGAGAGACGAAUACGACGUGCGCCUCUGUGUGUGGGACGACCUGAGAAGGCCAGAGAGAAAGAGAAUAAAUGGUUUCUCAUUGACUGUGGUGUAGCACACUAGUCAUCGGUUUUGGGGUUGAGCUUUUUAUCAGUGUUUGGUUGUGGUUCAGUGAGCAACAAGAUCAGUUCUAUCGAGAACUAUAGGAUGGAUCGUGUUUGGUGUUAUUUUUAUUGUCAGUUGGUCGUGAUGAGACUUUAUUGAAAAGAAGUGUCACGCAAAGAGUCUUCGCUGAAAUAGAAGACAUUUUGCAGCCCUGGCUCUAAAACUUGUCUGAAGACGAAAUCGAGCAAAAGAAAAAAAAACACGAUUUGUCACAGUCGCGUAUCGCGUACUCAGUUAGCACUCGUGAGUGACUCUAGUAAUAUCGCGUGCGCAAAAAUCAUUAGCCGAGAUUCGUUCUAUGUGAGGGGCGAUUUUCACUCACGAGAAAAAAAAAACUGAUGAUAGUGAGCGAGUGUUUGGUAUCUAAGAGAGUGCAAUGUGUUGAUUUUUUGCUAUAUUCGUUUGCUUACUGGCGCACGGGAUGUGUAUAGUGUGUGCCAUUUGCUAUUCAAUAACAAGCAGAUAAAUUCCUUCAUUCAUUCAUUUGUUUAUGCUUGCUAAAAGCGAGAAAGAAUAUUGUUGCUCAUCAUAUUCGGCUUUCGGGCUGAAGCAGUUAUUGGAGCUGGAUCAGCUGAGAAAGAGAAAGAGAGAGUGAGAGUGCGAAGGAAGUGGAGAUUCCGCGUGCACCCAGGGGUGUCAAUAAACAAGUGCCAAAGAAUUAGCGUGCAAAUGCGAGCCGAAAGUUUUUUUGCGAUAUUUCGAAAUUGAUUGUGCCUGCUCGUGGGGUGUGUUUACAUAAAGUGAGCGCCGUAAAGAGCGCUAUCUACGGCACCGGAAAAUAAAGCAGUGUUUUAUAUAAGUGAGGCCCCAAUUGUUGCCCGACAUAGAACAGAAGUUAUGCACAAUAUUGUUUAUUUAACUUGAGCAGCGGCUUGAAACACAUACAUGAAUACGGAGAAAUCGCAGCAUAUCAAGUUGAAAUUGGCUUUCUUUCUAAGGAAACCGUAAAGCCUACCUGUUGUUAUUGCUUUAUCGUAUUAAGCAUUGCAGUGUUUUCCGAAUGCGACAAUUUCAAUAUAGUUUGUGCCGAGCUGAAUCACAACCAAUCAACAAGUUCUAGCCUAUGAGCUGCCUUCUAUAACACUCCAAGUCGAGCAAGAGAGAAGGACAACCGCACUCGUUGUCCGGCUACAGUUAGUGAAGCGAAAAAAAAUUUACAACCAAGAUGGCGGAUCUCGAGGCAGUGCUGGCCGAUGUCAGCUACUUGAUGGCGAUGGAGAAAUCUAAAUGCAUGCCGGCGGCUAGGGCCAGCAAAAAGAUUGUCCUGCCAGACCCUAGUGUUCGAAGUGUGAUGCAUAAAUAUUUGGAAAAGGAGAACGAGGUGAACUUCGACAAAAUCUUCAAUCAAGUGUUAGGAUACCUUCUGUUCAGAGAUUUCUGCGACAACUUUUCAGACGAACCGGUGCCACAUCUAAAAUUCUAUGAAGAGAUCAAAGCCUACGAAAAGACAGAGUGCCACGACGAAAGGCGAAAACAGGCUAGAGACAUUUACGACAAUUUCAUAAUGAAGGAAAUGCUGUCGCACACACACGAAUACUCGAAAGAAGCGGUAGCGCACGUACAGAAAUAUCUGAUGAAAAACGAAGUACCGGUGAAUCUGUUCGAGCCGUACAUCGAUGAAAUCUUCCACCACCUGCGGGGCGAACCCUUUCGGAAGUUUCUCGAGAGUGACAAGUACACACGCUUCUGUCAGUGGAAGAAUCUAGAGCUCAACAUACAGCUAACGAUGAACGACUUCAGUGUGCACCGGAUCAUCGGUCGAGGUGGCUUUGGCGAGGUAUACGGAUGCCGAAAAGCCGACACCGGCAAGAUGUACGCCAUGAAAUGCUUGGACAAGAAGCGCAUCAAGAUGAAGCAGGGCGAGACGCUGGCGCUGAACGAACGGACGAUGCUGUCGCUAGUCAGUACGGGGGUGGACUGCCCGUUUAUCGUUUGCAUGACGUACGCCUUCCAUACUCCGGAUAAGCUGUGCUUCAUCCUGGACCUGAUGAACGGUGGCGAUCUGCACUAUCAUCUCUCCCAGCAUGGUGUUUUCAACGAGUCCGACAUGAAGUUCUACGCUGCGGAGGUCAUUCUCGGGCUGGAGCAUAUGCACAAGCGCUUCAUCGUCUAUCGGGACCUGAAGCCGGCCAACAUUCUGCUGGACGAGAACGGCCACGUGCGGAUCUCGGAUUUGGGGCUGGCCUGUGACUUUAGCAAGAAGAAACCUCACGCCUCGGUCGGAACGCACGGCUAUAUGGCGCCGGAAGUGCUAUCGAAAGGAACACCGUACGACUCCAGUGCCGACUGGUUUAGCUUCGGUUGCAUGCUGUACAAGCUGCUGAAGGGCCACUCGCCAUUUCGGCAGCAUAAAACCAAGGACAAGCACGAGAUCGACCGGAUGACACUGACGAUGAACGUUGAACUGCCCGAAUCGUUUAGCAAAGAACUGAGGGAUCUGCUGGAGGGACUGCUCCAGCGGGACAUUGAUAAACGAUUAGGCUGUAAAGGAGGAGGGGCGGACGAAGUGAAAGCACAUCCGUUUUUCACCGGUAUCGACUGGAACCAGGUCUAUUAUCAGAAGUACACCCCACCGCUAAUACCUCCACGAGGGGAGGUAAAUGCCGCGGACGCCUUCGAUAUCGGUUCGUUCGACGAGGAGGAUACCAAAGGUAUUAAACUGACUGAGCAGGACCAGGAGCUUUACAAAUACUUCCCACUUACCAUCUCGGAAAGAUGGCAGCAGGAAGUGUCGGAAACUGUCUUCGAAACCGUCAACAACGAGGCGGAUCGACUGGAACAGAAGCGCAAGGCCAAACACAAGCAGCGUUUCGAUGCGGACGAAAAGGACUCGGACUGCAUACUACACGGGUAUAUCAAGAAGUACAGCGGCUCGUUUGCAUCCGUUUGGCAGACGCGGUACGCCAAGCUUUAUCCGAAUAGGUUAGAACUGCACACGGACAGUGGUAGUACAAAGCCAGAGCUAGUGUUUAUGGAUCAGGUUGAGGAAGUGUCGGCAGACUUUGUGCAGUUCAAGAAUGAACAGUGCAUACAGAUUCGAUUCCGAGAUGGCAUUCGCGAUGGCAAGCUGAUUCUGACGAUGUCGGACGAAAUCGGCCUCAAAGAGUGGGCGCUAUCGUUGCGCGGUGCGCACAAGGAAAGCCAGGAGCUGCUCGGUUCGAUGGCCAAGAAAGCGGGCAAAAUUUACGGCACCGAACGGGAAGCGUCCAAGGCGAACGUGCUGAUCUCUUCCAGUGGGGCCAACGCGAACUCGGGCUCCGCGGCGACCACCGGAUCGACGCUCGCCCAGAAGAACGCCAACGGAUCGUCCAACUAGCGGUUACUGUUGCGAUCUCGGUCCUGUUUCAUAGAACCGAAUCGUCUCAAGGAACCGCUGCUGAAGAUGAAGUGUAAGGACACCUAAACGUUGGCGUUGCAGUUCAUGACUUUAGUUAGCGGUUUUUAUUCGGUUUUCGUUGCCACAGCCUAGGAAAGUAGGCCGAUUCAAUUUAUUUUUUUGGGUCAAGUUUUGAGAUCCUCAUUCUCACCAAUGAGUACGGGUUCAGUGCUGAAGCGAAAAACAAGUUAGAGAUAGCGUGGAAGAAAACCUUAGUCGGGUAAAAGAUGACAAUGACGCUUGGCAAAAGCACAACCGAAAGUGAUGAGACAUGAAAAGAUAGCAAAAUAAUCAAAUACAACAAAAAUCGCGCAUCUUGACAGUGAUAUGAACAAAACAUAAGGAUACUAUAUCUGUAAGGCAAAUAAUACUAUACGAGUUAGCAUUUGAUGGAAAUCAUUACUAAAAAUUAUAGUUUGCUUCGAAGGAGAUACAAUAAGAACAAGUCAAGCAUUUCUUUGUACGAUCGAAUCAAAGUCAGUAUUGCAGUAUUUGCAAACCAUCGGCACUCUGUUCCAGGCGCUGAAAAACAAAUUAAAUAGAAACCAAGAAAAAAAGGUAAGUCAUAGGGUUAGCGAAUAAAUGUGUCAAUUUAGUAUUGUACUUCUUUACAAAGUGAAGAAGCAAAAGCAAAGCAAGAAAUUAUUAGAUCAAUAAUUUAGCGAUAUUUAUACAAAAGCAGAAACAAACCCGAUAUACAACAACAACAAAAACCCGAAAAAGAAUAAUCUAAAUCACUAGAUUAAUACCAAUAAUGAUAGGCGUACAUAUAAAAAAGAGCAUGAAAAACGCAGUGAACCCGUUUAUAAAUAUUACUGAUAAAUGCAGCAAACCAUGGGCGUAACUAUCCUAAAAUAUUGUUAAACUACUAGCAAACACCGUCACACGCACGCAGCGCAUGUGAGACAAAAAAUCGUUGUUUGUAAAACGGUAGUCUUCGUCUUCGUCGUCGUCGUCGUCGUCGUUUUCAUCGUUGUCAUAAUCCUUAGUUGUACGUUUCGUUUUCUUGAUUUUCAGUUGAAAUAAAAACAACCAAUAUCCCACCUAAAUAUUCUCUCAUGGGCAAAGUUCUGUAUCCAUUUUCGCCCGUUCUGUUCCAACUUUCUAUAGCUGCAACAAAAAGAAAAAUUAUAUGGGUAUUUCACACGCUGACAAUUAAUAAUACACAUAGAAAAAAAAACUUUUGUAUAGAAUUAGAUCAGUAAGCGAACAUCUUUAAACUAAAUACUACAACAGCCUUUUUACGUGUCUGUCUGUCUGUAUGUACGUAUAUGUGUGUGAAAUAUGUAUAUUUAAAAUGUAUUCCUGUUGAACAGUAAAACGCGUACUCGUUUGCUAUUUGAGAUGAUAAACGUCAUUUUUCAAGCCAAAAAGUUUUACUAUUCUAUUAUACUCUAAUCGAGAGAAUUAAUGAGUGUCAUCUAGUUUUUUCCCAAACGUUCUACCGUUUCGUGUUCGGCUUUGUUUUUGAAAAGGUUAAGUAUUAGUAUACUACUAGGACAACAAAUUGCACCUGACGCCACGCGGAGGCAGCCCAAAAAAAAGUUAAGAAUGUGUUGAAAGGUCUCUUCUCCGCAAAUUUAUUGGGUUCGAAUCACUUUCUCCGAUUUAGCAGUUACUUUAAACGCGAAUGAAAACUCUUCUUCCCUUUUACACUCGGUUAGUCAUGUAACAAAAAAGUAGAACUUUUAGAGAGAGAGAAAGUUAUAAGAAUAGAGAGCAACCAAACAUUGCAAAUGUAGCCUGUUUCAAGACCGAUAAGCGCACGAACAAUCCUUCUAUUGAUACUGAUUUUUGUAUUCUAAGACAUGUUAGAAAAAAAGAUAUAGUCUAAUUUAAAAGAUGGUUUUGAAACGAUCGGGUCCUACAUUUCCAAAAAAUAACAAAAACAACAAUCCAUAAAAAUCUAUUUAAAAAACCUACUGUUCCUGUACUCCUGCCGUUUAAAAAAAAAUCUAACCAACAAUCGUAGUAAGAUCCAAUUCGAUUACACGAAAAAUGAUACUCUUAUUUAAAGCAAAACGAUGUUUGAAAAAAAAGACGGAAAUCUUUUAAUUAUAAUUGCCUCAUAGAAGAGCGAAAAUGUAACAUUUAAAAAGCAGCACAAAAGAAAGAAGAAACAAACAACUUAAGUAAAAAAAGUCGUAUAAAUUCAGCAGCUCACUGUUAUGCAACACCAAAACUUUAGAGUAGAUUUAAUUUAUCAGUUCUCUUCCACAUCUCGUUCAUCGCAUACCGCUUAUAUUGAGUAUAGACACUAACAUCUCUACUAACUGAACUUUAUAACCUGUUACGCAUAUUCACACACAACAGCACACAUAUUUUACCAACACUACAAACAGUUGUACAUUGGUAUUCGAAACUUAACUCGGUAUUAAUAGUACCACCCUAAUGUUACGAGUAUUAUCUUCGGCGAUUAGUUGUUUGCUUAUUUAUUUUACCACUCGCGUAGUUCUCGUUCAAUCACUCGAGCAAGCUCCUCAUAGGCUUAAAACCCAAAGUUUUGUUAAAAAAUAUACCGCACACAGGCUACAUACGGCUAACCUGGCCAGGCGAAUCCGAUUAGUAACGAUAGAAUAUGACAUGGAUCGAACAGAAACAAAAGCCUGAGGCCUCUGCAAAAAAAAUGACGCCUAAGGGUAGGCUACUUCAUCACAUAGGAAGUGUGAGAUUGACAGAUUGACCAUUGCUUCAAAAGGCCGAAACAUUCGCAUUCUGUUCCAAAAUCUUGCUGAUGCACAAGGCUUUUGCUGUCUACUUACUCAGCUCCAAAAAUAUCCUAAAAAAACGCGCAGUUUUCGAUGAAUGUUUCCAAAAACUACCGAAGGAUUUAGAAAAGUUUCCUACACAAAUGCUGACGCCAUGUCAUGCCGUUCUAUCGGUACUAAUCCGUUCGAGGCAAUCGUAUCACUUACCACCCUUGUAGUGCAUAUUGGGCAAUCACAAUAUAUCCACAGUUUGUCACAAAUCUGUAGCAAUUCGGUUUUCGUAUUUUCACUGUAAUCACGCAGCUCUGCAAGAUAAUUUCACUCGUUUCAAACCAGCCAACUUUGUCAUUAGUCGCAGCAUUUGUUGCUUCAACCAGUAAACUGUAACGCUAGCAUUAGCAUUCAUGUCAAAACAAAAAAAAAAACAGGCAAACAAUAAAUCAGUGUCAUAACUCAAACCAGCCCACUAGAUCUAACUGUGAAGUUUCAAGCGCGUGUCCGACCGGCCGCACACUAGCAAGCGACUCUAAACUAAACUAACUGUGUAACUGUUAUUGUAUUGUACAAUUAGUAUAGGUAAAAUGUGAUUUUUUGAAUUAUCCGUAAACUGUAUCACCCUGUACAUAAAGUCGCACGCAGCAACAACAGCAAAAAAGCAACAAAUCCUGUAUAGCUGAAUGUUACGCAUAUAGUAAAUAAACGUUUUAAUAGAACAGCAGAGUACAAGAGUUUACACUGUUGGUAACAAGAGACUAACACUGUUAAAGCGAAAGAGUAAACCAAUCGACUUUUUGCGAGAAAAAAAAACAAUAUGAAACAAUCCUGUGUUGCCAUUAACGUAAACAUGUUAAUAGUAAAACCUACACUUGUAAGCAAAUAUUUAGGAAAAGGUAUCACAAUUAACGCAGCACCUAUUAGAACCAAAACAUUUGCAAUUACUUAUAAAUGUUUAUGGAUGCAAACCGUAACCCAAACAAAACGUUCAUGUUUUCUAAUGAAGAUAUAAUACUGAAGCAAGCGGGUGUUGUUUUAAUAUGAAAGAGGACAGGAAGAAUUUUUUUUACCACACUACCGCGGAAGCAACCAUAAAAGCCAAUAAUCGGAAAACAAUAAGUAAAAGUUAGAAAAGUAAAUGAAUGCUAGAAGACCCAUACUCAUUUAACAUAAACACAGAAAAUUAAAAAAAAAAACGAAUCAUUUAACAGAGAAGCAGAUACAGAGUAGGCGGUGUGAAUUUUGUCAAAUGCAUUACGUUUACCACAAAUUACAUUAUGCUUUAUCAAGGAUACACGCAUUAAACACUAGUGUUAACAUUUUUUAUACUACACAUCCCACCCACAUGUGUCUCAAUGUUUGCAUUUAAGCAAGGUACUGCAAGCGACAAGGUGAAGAAAAAUACACACAUGCACACGCAUUGGAAGAAGUGAUAACAGCUCCGGUGGAGGGAUUUCACGCAAAUUUGACUAUGGAGUUGGCAACACCCUCUCAGAUUGCAGUGAAACUUUGUGAGCAACUUUACACGUUUGAGUUCUUAAAGUUGAACGUCUUUUUGGAAAAGAUUGAUUUUUCUAUAUCAUUUUAUUAAAACACUACUUUUGUUAGGAAAUUAUUGAAAUGUUCACAAGUCUGUGUAGGUACAAAUCUAUAAACGAUUUAGAAGUGAAUAAUACGCAAAUCCUUAAAAAAACUCCUCGAAAGCUUUAUGAAUUAGAAAAGCAACAAGUUGAAAGAAACUAAGUUUCUGUUACUAAACGACUGACGAAAAAAUGUCGGAAACGAGAAGGGAUUAAUUUACUAAUUACAGACGAUAUCAGAGACAUAUUAUUUUGGAAAUUUUCGAAAAUAUUUUGAAAAUGAGUCCACACAGAAAAAAACACGUCUGAAUUUAUUUCAUGAAUUUCAAGAAUGCAAGGUUAUUUAAACUACCGAUGUCAUCAAAUUCAUAAUGUUUCACUGAAUAUAGGCAGGGUGCCACCAACGAUUGAAUUAAUUAACGAUUGAAUGAAUAAGUGUGAAAUCCUCCAAUAGGGACAAAAAGUGAUCAAAUAAUUUUACGAUGUGUGCGCUAGGAGGAAUGAAAUGGAAAAAAGCAACACUAAUAAAACAUGAACAUUUUGAGUUGCUAACAUUAGCAGCAAGAUUAAGUCCUGCUACUACAGAAAACAAAAAACACAUGACGGCAGAAUGCAUCUUCAAACCACAAAUAAACCAACAUCAAGCAAAAAAAAACAUUAAUCGAUAAUGUUACUUGAAAACUAGAGAUUGAUAGUACCGCGCAGUUGUACAUACCGAACUGGACGAAGAAAACUUGCGAGAACAUUUUUAGAAUAAAAAAAAACAAUAAGUAUGAAAAAGAC